UUGCACCCCCAUCAACCUCUCUCUCUCUCUCUCCUCGCUUCUGUUUUUCUCCCCGAAAGCUCCACCCUCUACCCACCUGACCCUCUGCAAUCCAAUUAGAUGCACUGGUAGCUGAAUGUGCGGACGCCCUGUGACUGCUAAGCACAGUCUGCGUUCUCCCACUCCUCCCACUGCCUUUCCCUCGUCUCGUCUCCCUCUCUGUGGAUCUGCAUCCUCGCUACCCCUCAUCCUCUGCUUUUAUUCAGAUUAUUCACCCAUCCGUCCUUCCCCCCCUUUGUUGUCUCUCUGCCUUGUUGCUGCUGCUCUAGCCGCCCAAGCCUCCAUCCCGUCUUUCCUUCCAGUAUUCCCUCCCCUCUUCCUCCUCCUUCUGGAGCUCUUGGUAGCUGCCUAGCACGCACUCGUGCACAGCAUAACAGCCCUCUCCGGUGUGGGGAACAAUGUCAGCUAUUCUGGAUCUGGACCAGAUUGCAUGCUCUGGCAGUGGAGUGGAGCACGACAUUGAGACUCCUCAUGGCGUUCUCCAUGUGACGAUGAGAGGCGUUCCCAAGGGCAACAGACCCAUCAUCCUCACCUAUCACGACAUCGGUCUCAAUCACAAGUCAUGCUUCAACACCCUGUUUAAUUAUGAGGACAUGCAGGAGAUCACGCAGCACUUUGCGGUGGUCCACGUUGACGCACCCGGCCAGCAGGAGGCUGCACCCCCCUUCCCCAGCGGCUAUCGCUAUCCUACCAUGGAUGAGUUGGCCGAAAUGCUGCCGUCUGUGAUGACUCAGCUCAAGGUCAACAGCGUCAUCGGCAUCGGCGUGGGAGCGGGCGCAUACGUCCUCACCCGUUUUGCUCUGAACAAUCCCACGCUGGUGGAGGGGCUGGUGCUCAUCAAUGUCGACCCAUGUGCUGAAGGCUGGAUCGACUGGGCGGCUUCUAAACUGUCCGGAUGGACCAGCAACCUGGUUGAUAUCGUCAUGGCUCAUCAUUUUAGCACUGAUGAGCUCACCGAAAACCAGGAGCUGAUCCAGACUUACCGUUUGCAUAUCGCCCAAGACAUCAACCAGGACAACUUGGCCCUCUUCUGUGGCUCCUACCAAUACCGUCAAGACCUGGACAUUGAGCGGCCGGUGGUCGGUUUGAACGAACACACUGUCAAAACGCUCACGUGCCCUGCCUUGCUUGUAGUUGGAGAUACAUCACCUGCUGUGGACGCCGUGGUGGAGUGCAAUUCCAGGUUAAAUCCAACAAAGACCACCCUGCUAAAGAUGGCUGACUGUGGGGGCUUACCCCAAGUUGUGCAGCCAGGGAAACUUGCUGAGGCCUUCAAGUACUUCGUCCAGGGCAUGGGCUACAUCCCGUAUGUUCUCCUCAGCCAUCUGAGCAACGAAUCAGUGCCAUCUGCAGGGAUGACCCGCCUGGCGCGCUCCCGCACCACCUCCUCCUCAAGCAUCACCUCCAUGGAAAGCAGUCGCAGCCGCCAGAACCUGAACAGCCUGCUGGAGAACAACGCCCGCCAGGCCGGACCCCAGACCAUGGAGGUGUCCUGCUGAGGCCCCCGUAUGCGCACGCUCCCUUUGUAACUCACGUACCCUCGCUCACCCGCUUUCUCUCUCAAUCCGAUGCCCGCAGGUUCUGUAAUGAACUACGAGACUAGAAGACAAGAGGAUGUAAUCGUAUUAACAGCAUAUUGUUCAACACUAUCACAUGUCAUCGUGUAUUUAUAUUCUUCCCAAGUACAACCCCCCCUUGAUGUUGGCCACAUAGGGUACAACACUCACUGCUUUAAUGUCUUUGUUUGAAGUCUAAUCAUACUGCCUACAUGGAUUAAGAGUCACUGUGUUGCGUUUGUGUGUUUUGUAAAGCGGAAACGGGACUGCGAUUUGAUGCAGGGAGCUACCGUAUAAAAACGUAGCUGCGCGAGGAAGAUGAUGCCAGCUUGGAGUAACGUCAAGUGUUAGUAAAUGUCUUUUAACCUUGUUUACACUGCCUUUGUUUUCACUCUUUUUCUCUUAUUUUGUGUUGAAUUGAAUGAAUCAUGCAGUCAUUAAACUGCCUGGGACGUGCGGUCCAGGGGUUCCAUUCACUCGUCUUCCGAUUCAUCUCCUUUAUAUUACCACUUGCUACUGAAUAAAGAGCUAGAAUGUG